GCUUUGGGUAAUGGCAGCGCUGUGAGGACGGAGCGGGGCAGCGACCGCGGCCGAGGGCAGGAGCGAGGGAGGCCGGGCGGGGGUCGCUGACUCGGGCCCCGGGCCGCCAGAUUAACACUAAAGCCCCACAAUGUCCUUGAAACCACGAGUAGUUGACUUUGAUGAAACAUGGAACAAACUUCUAACGACGAUUAAAGCUGUUGUUAUGUUGGAUUAUGUUGAAAGAGCAACGUGGAAUGAUCGCUUCUCAGACAUUUAUGCUUUGUGUGUGGCCUAUCCUGAACCUCUUGGAGAGAGACUUUAUACUGAGACUAAAAUUUUUUUGGAAAAUCACGUACGCCAUUUGCACAAGAGAGUUCUGGAAGCUGAAGAACAAGUACUGGUUAUGUAUCACAGAUACUGGGAAGAGUAUAGCAAAGGGGCAGACUAUAUGGACUGUUUAUACAGGUACCUCAACACACAGUUUAUUAAGAAGAACAAAUUGACUGAAGCUGAUCUUCAGUAUGGCUAUGGAGGGGUGGAUAUGAAUGAACCUUUGAUGGAAAUUGGAGAGCUAGCUCUUGAUAUGUGGAGAAAAUUAAUGAUUGAGCCACUGCAGGCCAUCCUUAUUCGGAUGCUCCUCCGAGAAAUAAAAAACCCAAGCACUCCUCCUACAAGGCAAGCUGAAUAUCAACUUAAGCAUUUUUGUUCCAACACAACAGGAAGCCGACAAGAUCUUGAAUUUGAUCGCUGUGGAGAAGACCCAAACCAGAAAGUAAUCCAUGGGGUUAUUAACUCCUUUGUUCAUGUUGAACAGUAUAAGAAAAAAUUCCCCCUAAAGUUUUAUCAGGAAAUUUUUGAGUGUCCUUUUCUGAAUGAAACAGGGGAGUAUUAUAAACAAGAAGCUUCAAAUUUAUUGCAAGAGUCAAAUUGCUCACAGUACAUGGAGAAGGUUUUAGGUAGAUUAAAAGAUGAAGAAAUGAGGUGUCGGAAAUACUUGCAUCCCAGCUCUUAUGGCAAAGUGAUUCAUGAAUGCCAACAGAGGAUGGUAGCUGAUCACUUGCAGUUUCUACAUGCAGAAUGUCACAAUAUUAUCAGACAAGAGAAAAGAAGUGACAUGGCAAAUAUGUAUACUCUGCUUCGUGCUGUGUCAAGUGGUUUACCUCAUAUGAUUCAGGAACUACAAAACCAUAUCCAUGAUGAGGGCCUUAGAGCAACCAGCAAUCUUUCUCAGGAAAAUAUGCCAACUCAGUUUGUGGAGUCAGUUUUGGAAGUACAUAGUAAAUUUGUGCAACUCAUCAACACUGUUUUGAAUGGUGAUCAACACUUUAUGAGUGCCCUUGACAAGGCUUUGACAUCAGUAGUUAACUAUAGGGAGCCCAAGUCAAUCUGCAAAGCACCUGAGUUGCUGGCCAAGUACUGUGACAACUUGUUGAAGAAAUCAGCAAAAGGAAUGACAGAGAAUGAAGUAGAAGAUAAACUUACAAGUUUCAUUACUGUUUUCAAAUACAUUGAUGACAAAGAUGUAUUCCAAAAGUUCUAUGCCAGAAUGUUGGCAAAAAGAUUAAUUCAUGGUUUGUCUAUGUCUAUGGAUUCUGAAGAAGCCAUGAUAAAUAAACUAAAGCAAGCCUGUGGUUAUGAAUUUACCAGCAAGCUCCACCGAAUGUAUACAGACAUGAGUGUCAGUGCUGAUCUCAACAAUAAAUUCAACAACUUUAUCAAAAACCAGGACACGAUUAUAGAUUUGGGAAUUAGCUUUCAGAUAUAUGUUCUACAGGCUGGUGCAUGGCCUCUAACUCAGGCUCCUUCUUCUACAUUUGCAAUUCCUCAGGAACUGGAAAAAAGUGUACAGAUGUUUGAAUUAUUUUACAGUCAGCAUUUUAGUGGAAGGAAGCUUACUUGGUUACAUUAUCUUUGUACAGGUGAAGUAAAAAUGAACUAUUUGUGCAAACCUUAUGUAGCCAUGGUCACAACAUACCAAAUGGCAGUGUUGCUUGCCUUCAACAACAGUGAGACUGUCAGUUAUAAGGAGCUUCAGGACAGCACACAAAUGAAUGAGAAGGAGCUGACAAAAACCAUCAAAUCUUUGCUUGAUGUCAAAAUGAUAAACCAUGACUCAGACAAGGAAGACAUAGAGACAGAAUCUACGUUUUCAUUAAAUAUGAACUUCAGCAGUAAACGAACAAAAUUUAAAAUUACAACAUCAAUGCAGAAAGACACACCACAGGAGAUGGAGCAGACCAGAAGUGCUGUAGAUGAAGACAGAAAAAUGUAUCUCCAAGCUGCUAUAGUCCGUAUCAUGAAAGCACGUAAAGUGUUGCGACAUAAUGCUCUAAUUCAGGAGGUAAUCAGCCAAUCAAGAGCUAGGUUUAACCCAAGUAUCAGCAUGAUUAAGAAGUGUAUUGAAGUUCUGAUAGACAAACAGUACAUAGAGCGAAGCCAGGCCUCUGCAGACGAAUACAGUUAUGUAGCAUGAUGUUGCUAUCCUGCAGGUAUGAUUGUAAGGAGAUCAUUGCUGUCACUGUUUGGUGUGUUCCUGUGGGAAGAGGCAGGCCUGUGCCUCCAUAAUUGGUCACUUGGCAGCCCCUGUUUUUCUGCUGUUUACAACAUCACCAGUGCCAUGUCAUGAGCGUCAAUGAAAAUGCCUAUAGAUAUUUCAAGCUCAUGUCAUUAUGACAUUUCUUAAAACUUUACUAAAAGAAUGAGUGAAGUAUUGCUGAAAUGUGAUGAAUUGGUUGGGUACCAUGCUUUUUUUUUUUUCCCCCUCCCCUUUCACGUUUGCAGUUGAUGUUUUUUAAUGUAUCUUAAGACAAAGUAAAAAAAAAAAAUCACACAAAAAACCUAAAUAUUGUAAUAUGACAGAUAACCUAAUAAUUGUAUCUACAUUAAAAUGUAAAAAAAAAUGACGAACAUGAUACUGCUGCUUGUCAAAUAAAAAAAUAAAGUUAUAUAAUGUGUCUUGAAUGAUUGUAGAGCUGGAUAUAGCAUUAAUGUCUGUAAAUAUUAUUCAGGCCUGAAGAGUAAAAAUAAUGUUAUGUGUUUGGGUUUUGGAUAACCUCAGAAGUAGAUCUGACGUAAGAACUAAUUUAUAUAAAACGGAAUACCAGGUAUGUCAUGUUUGAUGUGAUUAUAAAAAAAAAUAUUUAUGGUUAA